CAGUUUGAUGGCGCCGUAGUAGUGGAUUUUUUAGAUUUUUUUUACUGUCUGUGUCAUCAUUAUGAAUUAGUGUUCCGUAUCCGUAGUAAAUUAACAUUUCCUAACAAAAAAAAAAAUAAUUAUAAGUCACUUGGAAUGCGUGAAAGCCAAAUAUAUUUGAGAAAACGUUUUGAAAGUUAAUUUCAAGAAAGUACAUAAGUUACAAGUAAGAUAAUACCUAAGCCUAACAACGAGUCUUUAUUAAUCAUUCUACUACUAAUAGUAGUAGUACUACUGAUAGUGCUACCUCCGUGUCAGUCGCUAGUUUAGUAAUACUAAUACUAACACUUAAAAGUUACAGUUAGUACUACCUUUAAAUAUUGGCAGCUACCACUGUUUUAAUCUAAAUUCAUCUUCUAGUCUAAGAUGUCUGAUUCAGAUGUUGAGAUAGAAGAAGAGAGUGAGGACGAUUGCUAUGAUGAUUACUACAAUACCCUUGAUGAUAAUGAAAUAUAUCAAACGGAUCCACGACAGAAUGACCCAGAAUACUUUGAAUUUGAAUGUUUAAGCAUACAGGAUGUGGAACGUUUGCUGAACGAAUGUGUCGAAGCUUUAUGUGCUAGCUUACAGGUGAUGCCAUCGCUGGCCAAAGUACUUCUUCACACACACAACUGGACAGAACAAGACGUAAUUCCUGCUUACCGGCAAGAUGCUAAUAAACUGCUCUCUGAUUCUAGAAUAAAACCACUCAGACCUCCUGAAGUUGACAUGCAGGUAAUCAGAAGUAGCCACAGUAUUCUCUGUCCUAUUUGUCUGCAGACAUUUCCUGGUGAAUAUUUUCGUAAUUUAUCCUGUGGUCACUACUUCUGCAAAGAAUGUUGGGCUAUGCAUUUUGAGAUUCAGAUAAUGCAAGGUGUUACUACAGGUAUGGAAUGCAUGGCACAAGGCUGUAAUAUUCUAGUGCCAGAAGACUUUGCUUUGAACAUGCUCAGUAAAUCCUGCCUUCGAGAACGAUAUCAACAGUUUGCCUUUUCUGAUUAUGUAAGGAGCCAUCCAGAGCUACGUUAUUGUCCAGGACCCAAUUGUACUUAUGUAGCCCGUGCCAAGGAAGCUCAAAGUAAACGUGUCACCUGUAAACAUUGUAAGAGCUUCAUACUGAACAUAUGCUUUAAAUGUGGAACUGAUUACCAUGCCCCAACAGACUGUGAAACAAUUAAGAGAUGGCUUACGAAAUGUGCAGAUGAUUCGGAAACAGCAAACUAUAUUUCUGCUCAUACCAAAGAUUGUCCCAAGUGCCACAUAUGUAUUGAAAAAAAUGGUGGCUGUAAUCAUAUGCAAUGUUAUAAUUGCAAAUAUGAUUUCUGUUGGAUGUGUCUAGGAGACUGGAAGACACAUGGUAGUGAAUAUUACGAGUGCAGUAGGUAUAAAGAAAAUCCCAACAUUGCCAAUGAAUCAGCUCAUGCUCAAGCCCGUGAAGCUCUCAAAAAAUACUUGUUUUAUUUUGAGAGGUGGGAAAACCAUGCUAAAAGUCUGAGGCUGGAAGAACAAACUCUUCAAAAGAUCAAAGACAGAACCCAUCAAAAGGUUAUGGCUAAUGAGGGGACCUGGAUAGACUGGCAGUAUUUACUGGAUGCUGCUGCGCUUCUGGCAAAGUGUCGGUACACACUUCAGUACACCUAUCCAUAUGCUUAUUACCUAGAGGCAGGUCCUCGAAAAGAACUGUUUGAAUAUCAACAAGCCCAGUUAGAAGCAGAAAUAGAAAAUCUUUCGUGGAAAAUAGAAAGAGCAGAAACAACAGAUAGGGGGGAUUUAGAAAAUCAAAUGGAUAUAGCAGAAAAGAGGAGAGCAACUUUAUUGAAGGACUUCUUAUCUGUCUGAUAGUUCUUUCACUUCAGUUUUAGGUGGAUUUUUUCUAGCAAGUAUUUUUGUAGUAGAUUUUUUCUCACGUCUCACAUUUUGGUGAGACUGCUCAUUAUUCAUUCAAUGCUUGUACAGGAUGAGACAAAACUUUUGCACUAUUGGACAGCUGUUUAGUAAAAAAAAAGUCCUUUAAGUAAAGCAUGUUGUGUCUUAUUAAAGUCAAAACACUACUAAAAAUA